AUGCCGAUGCUGAGCCACGAGGGGAAGUCCGAGCGCGCCAUUGACGGGAACACCGCCGCCGCUCACGUUGCCUACGCGCUCAGUGACGUUUCCUUCAUCUACCCAAUCUCGCCUUCGACCAGCAUGGGUGAGACCAUGGACAAGUUCGCCACGCAAGGCCGCAAGAACGUGUUCGGACAGACUGUGAAGGUGAAGCAGAUGCAGUCGGAGUUGGGGUCCGCGGGAGCUUUACAUGGUGCAUUGUCCGGCGGCGCCUUGUGCACGACGUUUACCGCUUCACAGGGACUUCUCCUCAUGAUUCCGAACAUGUACCUCUGCGCUGGGGAGUUGCUCCCGGCAGUCUUCCAUGUCUCCGCCCGCGCGUUGGCGCGCCAAUCCCUGUCCAUCUUCUGCGAUCACUCCGACGUGAUGGCGGUUCGAUCGACUGGCUGUGCCCUGCUCAGCGCACACAAUCCGCAGGAGGUCAUGGACCUCGGCUUGGUCGCACACCUCGCAUCGCUUCGGAGCUCGGUGCCCUUCGUCCACUUCUUCGACGGCACGCGCACCUCCGGCGUCAUCGAGUGCGUCAAGCCAAUCCCCUACAGCACCAUGAAGAGCAUCGUCCCCUGGGACGAGUUGGACGCCUUCCGCCAGCGCGGGCUGAACCCGCAGCAUCCGAUCAUGCGCGGCCUCGGGCAAGAUCCGCAGACCUACUACCAGUCUGCGGUGUCUGCCAACAGGUACUACGAUGCCGUCCCCGGCAUUGUUCAGGACGUGAUGGACCAAGUUGGCGUGAUCACCGGCCGCCAGUACAAGCUCUUCGAGUACUACGGCGAUCCCCAGGCGGAGCGAUGCGUCGUCAUCAUGGGCUCAGCAGCAAAGACCGCGGAGGAGACGGUCGACUACCUGCGCGCUCAGGGUGAGAAGGUCGGGAUUUUGAAGGUUCGCCUUUUCCGCCCCUUCUCCACGGAGCACUUUCUGGCCGAAAUGCCAGAAUCGGUGCAGGCGAUUGCCGUGCUGGACCGCACCAAGGAAGACCUGGCUCCGUCGCUGCCGCUCCACGCGGAUGUUCUGACGGCCAUGAGUGAGGCUGGCGUCUACAAAAAAGUAGUGGGCGGCAACUAUGGCUUGGGCAGCAAGGAAUUCGCCCCCCGGCACGUGAAAGCGGUCUUUGACAACUUGCUGGAGAAGGUGCCGAAGAGGCACUUCACGGUGGGAAUCAACGACGACGUGACCAACUCCAGCUUGACCGUGGGGCCAACGAUCAACACGCAAGACGCCGGGGUGACGCAGGCCAUCUUCUUCGGCCUCGGAUCAGAUGGGACGGUUGGCGCCAACAAGGCUGCCGCACAGAUUAUCGGCGAGCGCACAGAGUUCUACUCGCAGGGGCAUUUCAACUACUCCUCGCAGAAAGCUGGUGCAUCCACUGUCUCCCAUCUGCGCUUUGGUCCCACUCCCAUCCGCAGCGAGUACGAGAUCGAAUCCAGCCCUGGUGCUGACUACGUCGCCUGCCACCAUACGUCCUUCUUGGCAAAGUUCGACAUGCUGUCCAAGGCCCGCGAGGGUGGCGCUUUUGUGGUGAACUGCCCAUGGAAGACCGUCGAGGAGCUGGACCAGGAGUUUCCUGCCAAGCUCCGCCGCGCCAUCGCCGAGAAGAAGGUGGAGCUCUACACCAUCGACGCCCACGCGGUGGCCAGCUCCGUAGGACUUCCUGCCAAGCGCAUCAACCAAGUCAUGCAGGCCACCUUUUUCAACCUCUCCGGCAUCCUUCCUCCAGAGGACGCGAAGGAGCAGCUGGAGGGAGCGAUUGACCGCAUGUACGGCAAGAAGUCUCCUGAGAUCGUCAAGUCCAACAAGGCCGCGCUCGCGGCUGCGCCACAGAACCUGAACAAGAUCAACUACCCGUCUUCGUGGCUCCAAGCCGAGGACAACGACUCGUCCAUCAAGAAGCUGCAUCCGUCCGCCAGCCCCUUCAGUGAGACGGCAGACGAGUUCAGCUCAACCUUUCUCAAGAGCAUCGACUCCCGCACUGCUGACAACUUGGCGGUGAGCGCAUUCACACCCGGAGGCGAGACACCAAUCGGCCAGUCCAAGCACCAGAAGCGCGCUCUGGCCGAGGAGAUCCCAGUGUGGAUUCCAGACAAGUGCACCCAAUGCAACCUCUGCAGCGUCGUCUGCCCUCACGCGGUGGUCCGACCCUUCCUGCUGGACAAGAAGGAGAUGGAAGCUGCCCCUGAGGGCUUCCAAGCGCGCAAGGCCAAGGGCGGCGACCUUGGAGGCUUGAAUUACACCAUCCAGCUGGCGCCCUAUGACUGCACCGGUUGCGCUGUGUGCGUGGAGAUGUGCCCAGAUGAUGCCUUGAUCAUGGAGCCGCCCAACCACUCCCAGCAGAAGUUCAACGAUCACUGGGAGUACUCCCUGAACCAGGUGUCCGUGAAAGACAACCUCAUGGAGAAGACCAGCGUCAAGGGCUCUCAGUUCCAGGAGCCCCUGAUUGAGUUCAGUGGUGCAUGCUCCGGCUGCGGAGAGACGCCCUACGUCAAGCUGCUGACGCAGAUGUUUGGUGAUCGUAUGGUCAUUGCAAAUAGCAGCGGCUGCUCUUCCGUGUGGGGUGGCUCCUAUGGCCUGAGCCCCUUCCGCAAGAACCGGCAUGGACAAGGCCCCGCAUGGGCUCGUUCCCUGUUUGAGGACACGGCCGAGUACGGCCUUGGUAUGGCGUUGGGCUCGUCGCAGCGUCGAGAGAAGCUGAUUGCUGAUGUGAGGGAGCUGCUGGAAGAGGCCGGCUCUGGAGCCAGCCCGAUCUCCUCCGAGUUGCAAGUCCUGCUCGAGAGGUGGCUGGACGUGGUCGAGGAUGCUGACAAGUGCAGCGCUUUGCAGCCUCAGAUUCUGAAGCUGCUGGCAGCCGAGCCGCAGGGAGAUGAGGCUUCACCGCAGUUGGCCAGUGUGCGUCGGGAAUCCGACAUGCUCGUGGCCCCCUCCCAUUGGAUCAUCGGUGGCGAUGGCUGGGCCUACGACAUUGGCUUCGGUGGCCUGGACCACGUGCUUGCCACAGGCCAGAACGUGAACAUCUUGGUGCUGGACACCGAGGGCUACAGCAACACCGGUGCGCAAAUCUCCAAAGCCACGCCCAAGGGCGCCACGAUGAAGAUGGCCGCGGGAGGAAACAAGAUCAAGAAGAAGGACCUCGGAGCCAUCGCCAUGAUGCACGAGAAUGCCUAUGUGGCCUCCGUGUCCCUCUCCGCCGAUGUGAACCAGACGGUGAAGGCCUUCAAGGAGGCCGAGGCUUACAACGGUCCGUCCAUUGUGAUUGCCUAUGCCACCUGCGUUGACUGGGGCCACCGCGCAGGCGACAAGGCCAUGGUGCAGCAGCAGGUGAAUGCAGUCGAGAGCGGCUACUGGCCGAUGUACCGCUACAACCCGGACAAGGUGUCCACGGACUUCAACGGCUUCGAGCUUGACAACAAGCGCAUCUCCAGCGAUGCCAUGGACACCCUGAUGCGCAACGAGAACCGCUUCACCUCCCUGCAGCGCACUGCGCCCGAGCAUGCCAAACUCCUCCAGAGCGCCAUGAAGGACGAGUUCACCAGCCGCCAUGAGGCCCGUCGCCGCAAGGCCAUGGGAGAUGAGGACCUCCUCGAGUACUUGAAGAAGUGCAUGGGUGAGCAGGUUACCGGUGAGCGCGUGACUGUCCUCUACGGCACAGACACAGGAAAUGCCGAGAUGGUGGCGAAGAACUUCCAGUUCGAGUUCAAGCGAAGAGGCAUGAAGGCUAAAUGCCUCUCCUUCAACGACGUCUCCCUCAGCGAUCUCCCCGAGGAGUCGAAGAUCCUGGCCGUUGUUGCCACUGCUGGCCAAGGUGAGAUGCCCAAGUCGGCGGUGAAGUUCUGGCAGGACAUGGAGACCUUCUUGGAGACCGCACCGGCGGACUACCUCAAGGACACCAAGUUUGCUGUUUUCGGCCUGGGCGAUUCCUCCUACGUCUUCUUCAACGAGGCCGCCCGGAAGAUCGACGCGGCCUUCGAGAAACUGGGCGCCGAGCGUGUGCAGCAGCUCGGAAUGGGAGACGACCAGCACCCGGCACGCUUCGAUACCGAGCUCGAGGAAUGGAGCCCCGACUUCUUUGACAGCAUCGAAGCCCCUGAGCCUCCUCAGGAGUUGAGCCCGCCAUCGCACCUGGUGGAAAUCCUGCCGGCCGAGGAUCCCAAGGCCAAGAUGGCCUCCGAGCCCUUCGUGCCACACGGUUCCAAGGCCGUGUCCAUGACGGUGAAGAGGUCGACCGUUCCCGAGGGCUACGAGCGCGCCAUCGACCACUUCGAGUUCAACCUGGAAGGCAGCGGCCUCUCCUACGAUCAGGGCGACUCCCUUGGCGUGUGGCCCAAGAACUCCACGCAGCAGGUCGACAUCUGCCUGAAGGCUUUGCAGCUCAACGGUGGCUCUUCCGAAGUGCUGGUAAACUCCAUGCCUGCGGUGGACAUGGGUGAUACAGGGUACCUUCAUGCAAAGUAUUGCUGGGUCGCAAGCGUCACGAGGUGA